CAAGAACCAAAACCAAACCUAAGCCCUGUACUGUAUAUAGACGGGCUUUAUUAUAUCACCUUCUUCCCGCUGGCUCUGGCUGAUGUGUUUUUCUGCUUCUUCUCGUGGAUGUGGUACAAAACAACACUCAAUACUCUCCACUUUAAUUGUGUAUAUCAGUGCAACAUCACUGCAGGCAUAGAAAAAUCUCAUCUCACGGAACCAAAUAAAAAUUCAUAAUUUCAAUAAUAAUAAAAAAAAAAUUAAUAACAAUACAAAAUCGAACGAACGAACAGAAAAAAAAAAUUAUUUCUAUCAGUGUCCAGAAAAAAAAAAAAAAAACUUCCAUUAAGUAUCUCGAACGGACGCUGCCAGAACAUCAGAACCUCAAAGAUACUUCUCAUACACACACGUAGAAGUUUCUCAAGAAAUUCCCAAUGAGUGUGUCAAGAAGUAAAACACAAACCAACAACAACAAAACAAAUUAAAACAAAAAAAAAAUAAAAAAAGAGUAAUCUCAUUCUGAAGGUUGAAUUUGUCCCAUCAAAGAAGCAAAGCCGGCAAUAAGUGCAAAAGAAAAAAAAAAAAGAUACAAAAGUAUCUUCAAAGUGUAUCCAUCUCAUCUUUGCAGAAUUUUCUUUAUUUUACCAAUUUCUUUUUCUAAUUUGUAUUUUUUCUUUUUCUUCAUCUUCAGAUUCAAUUCUAACUAACAGAUAUUGCAUCUUUUUUUUCUUCGAUAAAAAAAAAAAUUUAAUUACACUUUUUUUUUUUUACUUUUCCAUCUCUGGGAGAUAGAUAUUGUAUCUUUACACUUUCGCCUACAUACCUUAAUUAAUUUAAUUAAUCAAACGUGUGUGUUUGAGUGUGAGUGAAAAAAUUAUUACUUAACCAAAAAAAAAAAAAAGUAUAACACGCGACAUCACAGUUUAAAGAAAUAAAAAAAAAGAUACAAAAGUAUCUAUAACGUAUCUAUAGUAUCUUAAAGUGAUUUACAAAAAAUAAAAAAAAAAAAGGGUAUGGUCUUAAGAAAUGCUGCACUAUUGAUCAUCAUUAUUAUUACAAUCGAAAGUAGCAGUAUCUGUGAGCUGUAAUUACCUCUCUAAAAAGGAAUACCAACAAAAACACACACACACAAAAAAAAAACCUGCUAUUAUUCUCUCACACAGUUUGUCCUUAAGAAAAGAUUUUCCACGCAGCUAAAAAAGGUCUUCACGUCAUCAUACAAGCCAACCACACAUAGAAGAUUGUUGAAAUCGUCCUUAUUGCUGCAAGCAGUAUAAAUAUCAAAUCACAUCAAAUUGGCUUAUUCGCUGUACGUAUGCCCAGAGCCGAGCAGUGGCCAGAGUAUAAUUUCCCGAGCAACAGAGCGUACUGACACGCAUCAUAGUGUCGGUACGCUUAAUAGUAUAUCGGCCUGCACCGGACACUAUAAUAGUGCGGUGAGCGUUAGUACCGAGAGUGUAGUUUUAGGAGGUGGUGGCGGCGGCGGCGGCGGAGGUGUUUCCGGUGUCGGAGGUAUUGUUGGUGGUGAUUUUAUUGUUGGUAACGUUGGCGUUGGUGGCAUUUGUAAUAUUAGCGGAGUUAGUAGCUGUGGCAUUACAAAAACAACAAAUACACCUGCAAUUGAUAGCAGUCGCUGUAAAUUGCACAGCGCUCCUGGAGUCGAUUAUCAAACGGCUAGCAGUGGAACUGGCAUCAAAUCAACAUCGGCAGCAACAGCAAUUAUUGGUAAAAUCUAUCGUAGCAACGGGGCUGAUUCUGAGUUACCCCAUAGAGGAGCAGGUGGAGGAGGAGGAACAGGCGAAGAAGAAGAUACAGAUAUUACAGCAAAUUGUCCACCAACAAAUAGAAUGAUGGUCAGCAAAUUGUGGAAUAGUUGUUUUCCAGAAUUCUCAUCGGAGCAUGUGCAUCGACACAAUUUCUAUUUGUGUCAGUGGCAGCGUAACACUCAAGUUCGCAUUGUUUAUCUGUUCUAUCGUUGGAUAACGGCGAUCACCUGCCUUGCUGCACUGGUGUGCUCUCUCCUCGACAUUGGCCGGACGGAGGAGCAAUUCGAGCACCACUACGCCAAAUGGUGGAUUUACUUAACCCAUUGGGGCCUGUUGGCGUGCACCAUACAGGCCUGGCUGGGCGCGUGGAUUGUCACACAAGGCAUGAUGGUGGAACGGGAGGACUUUGAGAUUGUCAGACAGGCCAAGAAGAGUCGCCUCCAUCAUCUUUACUGGGUGAUGUAUACUGUGGCGACUGUUUACUCCUUUAUCAUAACAAUGUGUUAUUGGCUGCUGGUGCAUAAUCCUGAAAUCCAUCGAGUUGACGCCCUCAACAUCAUGGUCCAUGUAUUCAACUCUGUGAUAAUGUUAACCGAUUUGGCCAUCGUUGGACAUCCAAUUAAAUUGUCGCAUGCCUAUUGGACAAUGGGCAUUGGUUUGUCGUAUGCCAUCUUUACAGGUAUCUACUUCUUGGCAGGUGGCACAGAUAGAAAAAAUCAAACAGCCAUCUAUCCCCUGUUGGAUUGGACAAAACCAGGCAAGGCUAUCGUAGUGACCGUGUGUGCAGUCCUCUUUGUGUUUGUCGUACAUUUUGGCUGCUAUUUGCUAUACCGAUGUCGAAUAUGGCUAUUCACCAAAUUGUGCAUACGUGAGUCCCAUAAUCGCGAUGGUGAUAUGGGUGAAGGUCUUAACGAGGAUACCGGCAGUAGGAUUGUCCAUGAAUGCAGUCAGCAAUUUAUUCAGGAUGCCCAACAGCAGCAGCAACAACAACAACAUCAAUACCAUCAACAGCACCACCAGCAGCACCAUCAUCCACCGCCACAGCAGCAGCAACAACAGCAGCAGGUGCACCAGCACCAGCAACAACAACAACAACAGCAACAUCCACCAUUGCAACAAUAUCAGUAUUCAAGCUAUCACCAGGACAAUAACAAUAAAAAUAAAAUGUCCUCAUUGAGCCGAACGGUAUCGGCUCUGGAGGCCGGACAACGUGAACAAUUUCUGAAUCCCAACAAGAUCCUAGAAUAUAAAAUGUAAAGCAGGCAGCGUCGUCGGCACCAGCGGCAGACGAUGGAGCAAGAAACUACACAAAUAGGAACAGAAGGAGUAUCAACAGCAGCAGGAGCAGUAGCAGUAGCAGCAUCAUCAACAGCAGCAAGACCCAACCAAAGGGCUGGUUUGAAUGAUUUUUGAAUAAUUUAUGUAUAAGGCAUUUGGUUUGGUUUGUUUUUUUUUUAAUGUUUUAUAUUUUUUUUUUCGUUACUUUCGAAAGUAAGGAAAAAAAAAACAAGGAUUGUGCUUUUUUAGGUUAAGCUAUUUAGUGCGAGGAUAAAUUUAAUGCUGCUACCAAAAAAAAAAAUGAAAAAAAAAGAAAAACUCAAGAUAAGUACUACUAUUACCUACUAAAGAAAAAAAAAACAACUAAAA